CCAGAAAUAUCAAACCCUAAUGUGAGGCAAAUCCAUGUCACUGACUUUCACACUCUCUACGUCAGAGGGGCAAAACAAACACAUCUCUUGAAAUUUGUUUUAAAAAUAAAAUCUAAAGAUAAUGAUUUGUGAAAUUGCUUUUUGUAACUUACAUUUUGAAACAUACCUCCUCAAAUGAAGACUGACCAUUACUUUUAAUGGUUUCGGGCAGUUUGUGCAAUAGAAAACUCCUGAAAAAGCCUGUUUCAGAAGUACACAACCUUCCAGAAAAAGUACCGUAACGACUGAUGAUCUGGCAAGGCUUGGACCCGGGCUCUCCAGGGUCAGAGAGCCCUGCUAAAGCUGCACACAAAGUGUCCUCCUCAGGCUCGGCUCUGCGCGAGCGUGGCGUGUUGGACCACGCUGUUCUGAGAUGAACCCUCAGCACUACACCGAACUGGUUGCCUACAUCAUCACAUGAGCGCAGCUGUCAUCAGCGAACUGGACAUUCCAAAUUACAGAGAGAAUUGGACAUGCCGAGACUGUCAGCCAGACACUAAGAAUGCAGUGAACAUGUCACAGCAUAAAUGCACUUCCUUUCAGCAGGCCUCCCACCGUCCAGCCACAGUGAUGCGUCUCCUAACCCAAUCACAGUCCCUGUUAAUGUACAAUAAACAGCAUCAUGUGAACUGGGUACCUGAUCUGGGCUUGUUCGUGCCGAUCUGUAUGACAGAGGUAAAAGAGAAAUUCAAAUCCUGAAGUGAGGAUGCUUUGGAUCUCAGAGUGCAGAGCCUCGGCACAACAAAACAUAGAGUAUAUUUCCCAGUUCAUCUCUGUGGUACAUCAGAGAUGAAUUCAACAGCUACAAUGUGAACAUACAGGUGCUGAUGGGAGAUGAAGUCCAGAUCUAAUAAAAAACAAUAAGAAAAACAACAAAUUUAACUUCAUCUCCCAGCAGCACCCUCAGAAAGCACUGGAAUACCUUAUGGUUAAACAUUUGGGCUGGGGAUUCAAUCAACAUUUGCCCCUUAACUUUAACAAAGAAUUAAAAGCAAGGAUUAUUAUUUAUUAUUAUUAUAUUAUAUUAUAUAUUAUAUUUUUCUUCACAAUCACAUUUUGGCAAGUUCACUUUAAUCACUCUAAACUAACUCAGCAAACUGGGUCUGUAAAAAAAAAAAAAGGUACCUGAAUUUACAUUUACGUCAAAAUGAAUGACAAAUGUUGAUUGAAUACAGACCUGUCUUUUUUUAUUUACAUGCUCACUCCCAGUUAUGUUUGUGCAUGACCAAACAUUAACAGCAAAUGGUGUCAGAAAUCACAGAGCCUGAGAAUUUGCCUGAACUACAUUCAGUCAAUGGAACCCAGAAAAACACUUCCCAACCUUGCCCAUGCUGUUUUGUGAAAAUAUUCAGGAUAUCAUCCAUCUAAGAAAAUAAAAAUCCAUUUAAGAAGUGGAUCUGGGCACGGUUCGUACAAUUUUUCGAAGCGAGAGUGCUCCAGGAUAAGGUUUCCCGUCCCAUGUCCAUUAUGGGGUAAAAGGCGAAACUGAUGCUGGAUCAGCACUUGUGAUCUUCAGAUGAUUAAUGAAUAUGGGCCCUGAUGGGGACAUCACUUCAUUUUUGUUGUAAUACAGGAGUUGCACAAUGCUGUCCAUCAUGCUCAGGCAACAAAGGUCUGCUCCAUGUUAAGUGUUGCACUUUGGAUUUAAAUUAACUGGAUUGUAAUGAAAUAGUGCAGUUUCACUGUUCACGACACUGGUCCACUUGACCACUUUUUCCUUCCCUUAACUUAAAACACAUUUUAAACCAAUAUUUUUGUUCACAAAUUCCUUAGUCUAAAGUAAAAUUGUUUUACUUGUUUUUCCUUUUUUUCCCUCUGUUCGUACGGUUUCGACAGACGAGGCUGUUAUGAAGAAGUGCUUUUUUUGCCAUGUCUUCAUUUGUCAGCAGCAUUCACGGGCAAGCACAGGGUGAUCGGUGCAAACAAAGUGCAGACUUUUAACCCAAGAAAUCAGUCAAUUUUGUCCUCCGUGAAAAAUGUAAAAAUCCCAUUACAUCAAUCAAAAUGUGCUUAAAUAAUUUCCAAAGAGCUGUUUUAUUUGUCCCUUUGUGUUUAACAAUACGUUUAAUUAAACGGGAAUACGUUUGCCCGUACAAUUAUUCAAAACUUCGCACCAAUGAAAAAACGCUGGAACGGAAAGCCAUCCUAAUAAGGCAGACAUUUAGCGUCAUGUCUAUAGUUCACGUUCCAUUUUUCACGUUCUCAGAUUAGUCACUUUUCUCCAGCUAUUAAUUCAGACAAUCUGCGUAUCCGAUGGUUCAUUUGUUUCGUUUUUUUUAUUGAGUUAAAUUGAAUGUGUACCCAAUAUGCCAGAAACCAAAUGGGUUUAUUUAUAAAGGAGAUGUUUUGCAUUUUAAAAACUGAAACUAGUGUAGUGCUUCGCGGUGUGUAGUUCUCAAUCGCAGGGCUGGGAAUUCGGGUUAAAUAUUCAAAAUGGCUGACGGAGGAGCAGCAAGUCAAGAUGAGAGUUCAGAACCAGAAUCUAACAUGAGAAACCAGUCAGAAAGCAGUAAAGAAGCGAAGGACUCUGGGACAGGAAAUACUGGUGCUCAGACUAAUGGACUGGACCUUCAGAAACAAACUGUGCAGAAUGCUAAUGCAAUGAACACUGUGCACACUCAUGCCCUACUGCAGCAGCUGACUCUGACUCUCUGCAGCUGACUCUGACUCUCUGUGACUCUCUGCAGCUGACUCUGACUCUGUGACUCUGCAGCUGACUCUGACUCUCUGUGACUCUCUGCAGCUGACUCUGACUCUCUGUGACUCUCUGCAGCUGACUCUGACUCUCUGUGACUCUCUGCAGCUGACUCUGACUCUCUGUGAC